GUGGUAGGUACAAAGUCCAGGCUUGUUGUGUUCCUCUCUGCUUGCUGUUGGGUUGGUGUCAGCUCCCCCAGUAGAUCUGAUGUGGCAUCUGAUGGGUUUGUGUCCAGCCAGUGCCUGGUAGUGCGACUGCAGGUCCUUGUCUGAUGUACUUCUGCUCCAGCACUUUCUCUGAGCACUUAUGUGUUACAUCUCAUGCCCUUUCUGGGAGCGCGCUGCCUUUCUGCCUGGAGGUCUGUAUUAUUCUACCCUGACUUUCAAGGGGACUUCACAGACAGAUGGAUCGUUCUGUGUGUUGGUUUCUUUUGCAUGUUCGCACCCUGCUCAGAUGGAUUGAGUCAAUCUUCUGCUGUUGUUCCCGGUGAAGGGAUUCUCACCUGCCCUGAUGCCAUGCUGGCAACAGGCUGAUGGCCUUGGGGUGUGCCUCCUGUUGCUGCCAGAGGACUGGGAACAGGCAGAUGUAUGUGGCAAGUUGGUCUCCUGCAGUGUCCUGGCUGUAAGGAAAUGCAUCACAAAAGAGGAGGAAAUACAGUAACUCUUAGUCUGGGGAAUGCUGGAAAUCAUGUGAGAACAUGAGAAGCAGCUGCAGAAAGUGUUUCAUGUCCGUUUUUAGGAAGUUCUUAAUAUCGUGAGGUGUUCAUAAUGUCCUCUCCUCAAGGUUGCACUGACUCAGGAGGUAUGCUUUUGACCACUUUAUAGUUGGGAAAAACACAGUGAAAAGCACCCCCUUCACUCUUGUGUGGGUGCAGCUCUGGUCAGAGGUGAACAGCUGUGUCCUUGGCACGUACAGAUCAGGGGAACAGCGUGUUCAGACUCUGUCCCUUCUGCGGCAGGCAGUGCUGCUGCUGUAGGUGACAGUGCAGGACACGCUCCUUUCCUGGCAUUUCUAACUCAUAGCAUGUAUUUGCCGGCCAGUCAAAAGAGGUGAUUGUCCUGUUCUGCUCUGCACUGAUACGGAGCAUUUUGAGUUCUGAGGGCAGUUUUGGGCACCCCAAUAUAAAAAAACAUUAAGCUAUUGGGUCUGGAGGGGAAGCCUUAUGAGGAGCUGCUGAGGGCACUUGGUUUGUUCAGCCUGGAGGACACUGAGAUCAGACCUUGCUGGAGUCUGACACCCUCCCGAGGGGCAGUGGAGGGGCAGGUACUGAUCUCUUCACUCUCAUGAAGACUCAGUAACAGGACUCAAGGGAACAACUGGAGCUCUGUCGGGAGAUUUAGACUGGAUAUCAGGAAAAGAUUUUAAACCCAGAGGGUGGUCAUGCACUGGAACAGGCUCCCCAGGUCAUGGCCCCAAGGCUGACAGAGGUCAAAGAGUGUUUGGACAAUGCUCUCAGUACAUGGUGGAAUUGUUGGGGUGACCUGCAUGGAGCUGGGAGUUGGACUCGAUGAUCCUGAUGGGUCCCUUCCAACUCAGCAUAUUCUAUGAUUCUCUGAUUUGGCGAUGUAGUGAAUCAGAGCUAGCUUGCAAACCCAGACACCCUGACCUGCAAUCCAGACUGUUGCUGAUGCUUCCUUUGUGUCCUCUUUCCCUGCCCCAGAGUUGUCACUUCUUCCUUUUCCCUCCUCCCCGCAAACUCCUGCACCUCUCAAACUGCUCUCUCUCUUACUGUAGGUCUUCUUGAGCUGAAGGGAUGAAAAUUGCCAAUUGGAAAGUCACUGUCACUGUCCUGAGCUUUAUCCUGACUUCUGGAGUCGCAGUUGAUGUCUUUGGGCACAUGAGCCUGGGAGAGUGUCCCCUGUCCCUGUCCAUGAUUUAGGCAGCGGCUGGAGCAUGCAUCACUAGCGGGAUGGUUGGCCACCGAGGCUACAAUGUCGUCCUUGACGACCUCCAGUGAGGGAGAGAACUCCACUCCCAGGUUUGUUGUUGGUUCCAGAGAUGAUGAGACAGAAUUUCUGGGAUCAAACAUGAAGACAGAUGAAACCGAUUUCUUUGAAGAUGAUGAAGAGGAGGAGUCGCCACCGGAACGGCAGAUCGUGGUGGGAAUCUGUGCCAUGACCAAAAAGUCUAAGUCAAAGCCCAUGACACAGAUUCUAGAGCGUCUGUGCAAGUUUGAGUACAUCACAGUGGUGAUCAUGGGGGAAGAUGUUAUUCUGAACGAACCAGUGGAGAACUGGCCCUCUUGUGACUGUCUGAUAUCCUUCCACUCCAAAGGAUUCCCUCUGGAUAAGGCGGUUGCUUAUGCCAAGCUGUGCAAGCCAUUUCUGAUCAACGACCUUGAUAUGCAGUAUUAUAUCCAGGACAGGCGUGAAGUGUAUCGGAUCCUUCAAGAGGAGGGAAUAGACCUGCCUCGCUAUGCUGUGCUCAAUCGAGACCCUGACAGACCAGAAGAGUGCAACUUGGUGGAAGGAGAGGACCAUGUGGAGGUGAACGGAGCUGUUUUCCCAAAGCCAUUUGUAGAGAAGCCAGUCAGUGCUGAAGACCACAAUGUGUAUAUUUACUACCCGACAUCAGCAGGUGGGGGCAGCCAGCGGCUCUUCCGUAAGAUUGGCAGCCGGAGCAGCGUGUACUCGCCAGAGAGUACUGUGAGGAAGACAGGCUCCUACAUUUAUGAAGAGUUCAUGCCUACGGAUGGCACUGAUGUAAAGGUGUACACUGUUGGGCCGGACUAUGCUCAUGCAGAGGCUCGCAAAUCCCCCGCUUUGGAUGGGAAAGUGGAACGGGACAGCGAAGGGAAAGAAAUCCGUUACCCGGUCAUGCUGACUGCCAUGGAGAAACUCGUUGCUCGUAAAGUCUGUGUAGCCUUCAAGCAAACCGUGUGCGGGUUUGACCUCCUGCGGGCCAACGGCCACUCCUUUGUUUGUGAUGUGAAUGGCUUCAGCUUUGUGAAGAACUCCAUGAAGUAUUAUGAUGACUGUGCCAAAAUCCUUGGAAAUAUAAUCAUGCGGGAAUUGGCUCCCCAGUUUCAUAUACCCUGGUCCAUCCCAACAGAGGCAGAAGACAUUCCCAUCGUUCCCACAACUUCAGGCACUAUGAUGGAGCUUCGCUGUGUAAUUGCAGUCAUCCGGCACGGAGAUCGCACCCCAAAGCAGAAGAUGAAGAUGGAAGUGAAGCACACGCGGUUCUUUGAAUUAUUUGAGAAAUAUGAUGGUUACAAGACAGGGAAGUUGAAACUGAAGAAACCAGAGCAGCUACAGGAAGUGCUGGACAUUGCGCGCCAGCUUGUGGUGGAGCUGGGAAGCCACAGUGAUUGUGAAAUUGAGGAGAGGAAAUCCAAACUGGAACAGCUGAAGAGCGUCUUGGAGAUGUAUGGGCAUUUUUCUGGCAUUAACCGUAAGGUUCAGUUGACUUAUCUGCCUCAUGGACAUCCAAAAACUGCAAGUGAAGAUGAAGAAGCUCGCCGAGAGUCCUCCCCCUCCCUUCUCCUGGUGCUUAAGUGGGGUGGAGAGCUGACCCCAGCAGGAAGAGUCCAGGCAGAAGAGCUGGGGCGAGCCUUCCGCUGCAUGUAUCCUGGAGGCCAAGGUGAUUACGCUGGUUUCCCUGGCUGCGGCUUGCUCAGGCUGCACAGCACCUAUCGCCAUGAUCUCAAGAUCUACGCCUCAGACGAGGGGCGAGUUCAGAUGACAGCAGCAGCUUUUGCAAAGGGUCUGCUAGCCCUGGAAGGAGAGCUGACCCCCAUCCUGGUGCAAAUGGUGAAAAGUGCCAACAUGAACGGUCUGCUGGACAGUGACAGUGAUUCCCUUAGCAGCUGUCAGCACAGAGUGAAAGCACGACUGCGUGAAAUCAUGCAGAAGGAUGCUCAGUUCUGUGAAGAGGAUUACGAAAAGCUAGCACCAACAGGCAGUGCUUCUCUGCUCAACUCUAUGACCUUUAUCCAGAACCCGGUUGAAGUCUGUAACCAGGUGUUCACCCUGAUUGAGAAUCUCACCUCCCAGAUACGAAAACGUCUGGAAGACCCAAAAUCCGCAGACCUGCAACUGUAUCACAGUGAGACUUUGGAACUGAUGCUGCAGCGCUGGACUAAGCUGGAGCGAGAUUUCCGCAUGAAGAACGGGCGCUAUGACAUCAGCAAGAUCCCUGAUAUCUAUGACUGCAUCAAGUAUGAUGUACAGCACAACUGUGCACUCAGACUGGAAGGCACAGCUGAACUCUUCAAGCUCUCCAAAGCCCUGGCAGAUGUGAUCAUACCCCAGGAAUAUGGGAUUAAUAAGGAGGAGAAGCUGGAGAUUGCUAUUGGCUUUUGUCUUCCUCUCAUUAAAAAGAUCCAGUUGGACCUACAGAGAACCCAUGAAGAUGAGUCUGUCAACAAACUACAUCCUUUGUACUCCAGAGGAGUCCUGUCACCAGGACGCCACGUUCGGACACGGCUGUACUUCACUAGUGAGAGCCACGUGCACUCCCUGCUCAGUAUCUUCCGCUAUGGGGGGCUCCUGGAUGAAAACAAAGACCAGCAGUGGAAGAGAGCCAUGGACUAUUUGAGUGCUAUCUCAGAGCUGAACUACAUGACCCAGAUUGUUAUCAUGCUCUACGAGGACAACAACAAGGACCCCUCUUCAGAGGAGCGUUUCCAUGUGGAGCUGCAUUUCAGCCCUGGUGUCAAAGGCUGCGAGGAGGACAGGAACGUGCCCACAGGAUUUGGCUUUCGGCCGGCCUCGGCAGAGAACGAGGACAAGAAGGCCGACCAAGGCAGCCUGGAGGACCUCUCCAAGGAGAAGGGCAGCGAUGAGCCAGACCAUGCUCAGCAGAAAUCCCCACAGCCCUCUGAGCCGGUCAGCAUCCAGCGAAGGUCGCCACUGAUCAGGAACCGGAAGACAGGGUCCAUGGAGGUGCUAUCUGAAUCUUCUUCCAAAUCAGGAGGUUAUCGCCUCUUCAGCACAUAUUCCAGGCAGUCUUCUGAGAUGAAGCAAAGUGGCUUAGGAUCACAGUGCACCGGGCUGUUUAGCACCAAUGUGCUGGGAGGCUCCUCCAGUGCCCCCAACCUCCAGGACUACGCACGCAGCCAUGGCAAAAAAUUUGCCAGCAGCCUGACAUACAAAGACGAGCUCUUGUCUAUGCCAGCCGUAAAACGAUUUUCUGUGUCGUUUGCAAAGCAUCCGACUAAUGAUGUGUUGGAGCACCAGCAUGUUGCCCAGUUGCUGCGCCGUUUUUCCUCUGACUGUGCCACGAGCCGGACCAUCUCCCUGGAUGCCACCCUAGCCCAUCACCUGCAGCAGUGCUCCUACCACCUGCGCCUCUUCAGGAGCUGGCUGAUCUCAGGGCAGGAUGACUUGGAGUGUCUUUACGGUUUUGAAGGCUGUUCCAUGGUUCCCACCAUUUAUCCCCUGGAGACCCUGCACAACUCCCUCUCUUUGCGACAGGUCAACGAGUUCCUGACAGCUGUGUGCAGGAGUUGCAGCGAAUCGCACGUCCAGUCCACUGCAGCUUUGUUUGAUUCAAUGAUUGGUAGCCAGAUACCAGGAGACCCCUUUAUGUCCCAGCGAAUCCUGUCAUCAUCCUCUUUGCCAUUGCGCCAGCGUUCAGAUAAGCCCCCUUGGUACAGCAGUGGCCCCUCCAGUACUGUCUCCAGUGCAGGCCCGUCCUCCCCAACUUCUGUGGACAACUGUGCUCAUUUCAGCUUCACUGAGAAACUUUCCAUCAGCCCCCCAAAAAGUGAGGAACAACUGACUAGACAGUCUCCUGAGCAGGAAGAGAGUCAGCCUCCAGGCAGAGGGCUUCACAAGGAGGGGGGGGUGUUUGGGCUGUCAGUGGCAGAGCCAAGAGUUUCAGAGACCCUGACCUGGAAUAAAGGCCCAGAGCCAGGCAGGCUGUGCAGGAAGGAAUUGGCAGAGGACACUAAACCAGAGGAGAAGAACAUGGAAGAGCUGGAUGAAGAUUCAUCUGGGGAAAUGUUAGAUUCAAGUAACCCAGGAAACCCAAAGUGUGGUGUAGGGUCUGACCUGAGGCUGGCUGGGGAGAGAGUGAAGCCAGGUGAGGGAUGUGUUGGGGGAAUGACUGGCCUGGAUCAGUCUGGGCUGUCCAAAGAGGUCCUGGUGCCCUGUGAAGAGGAGCUGCUGGGAGAGGUGUUGAACCCAGAGCAUAUGGGCAUGGAGCUGCUGGGGGACAGUGCUCUGUCAGACCAGCUUCUCUCUGGUCACCUAUGCCAGGUGCAGGCACUGCCUCCUGAGAAAAGCCUGGAGGAACUGCAGCUGCUGUGUCAGGAGGAUCAGCAGAAUUAGUGGCUUGCUGGACAGCACACUGCAAGCGCUUCUAGCCUGGAGGUAACCCAGCUUCCUGCACAGCACCUCAUGCAGUUGGCGGUCCAUAGCACCGAAGAAGCUGUGUCCCAAGGCCACAGGACUCUGGAGUGUGAAAGGAUCUGCUCUGCUCUGCUCCUCCACAAGCCAGCUCUGCCAUUCAGCAAGAAUGCUUGCCUUGUUAAAUGAGCAGCAAAUGCAGUCCUGGUACUGGCAUGGCACCUCCAUGGAGCAGGGACGUGGUGCUGCACUGGUGUCCCAAAGUCUGUGUGCUUGCUGGGACAGCAGCAUUAGAGGACUGGUACAACCAAGGCUUUUGGGGUGGUAAGUCCAAGGGGACAGAUACUUCCUCGAGACUUUUUGGCCCAUAGCCUUCAGAAAAAGGCAUUCUGGGCCCAAAUUAAUUGGAUCUGUCACAACCACCAACCUCUUCUCUGUUUCUUCCUCCUCUCUCAAUCCCCACUGCUGGCCACCAAAACCAGGUCCAGAGAGUCAAUGACAGGAAGACUAGGAGAAGCAAAAAGCAUUCUGAAUGUGGAAAGGAGGGUAGUGAGGGCAUUGAGUUCAAGACUGCCACUUGCAAGCAAACAUCUCUUUGGCAUGGCCUUGGAUGUUUUCCUGCUGCGCUGAGGCAGGCAGGAGCAUGGGGAUCCAGCCUGAGAGAGGUAUGCAAGGAAGAUACACACGGGUUUUUUUUUCUCGUCCCCAAGGGUCAAACAGGGUACAGCUCUGAAGUCUUGGUGACAGAAAUUAAAAGAAACUGCUCUUUGGACAAUUCAGGACUAUUAGAAACCAAUAAGGAGAAAUCUUUAUGAUAUAAAAAAUGAGAGGUAUUUAAUUCAUAUUUAUGUAAAUGCCUUGUGAGCACAAGCCUGAGGGCGAGAUUGAUACGGGUGUCCCUGCCGCAUCCCAAGUGCCGGCCAGGGCUGUGCUUCCCACUCCUCCUAUAUUUAUGGACAAGUCUGCGUGUUUGUCUGUAGCUAGAAUAUGUGUUUUUGUGAAGCUGUGCCCAAAGAUCUCUAUGCUGUGUUGUGAUGACGUGUUCACAGUAAAUCUGUGCUGUGGCUCCAGCAUUUCUCUGUCUCAUGCUGACUUGGCAGCAGUGUGCGUGUGCCAGAACUUGCAGGUGCAGCCCUGCUUAUGGCCACUGUUCUGGGACAACUGUGGCUGAAGUCACACCCAGAGUGAGUGCACAGGCUCAAGGCCAGGUACCUUUUUUUCUACAUAGAAGAACCGGUCAUACUAGAGAAGAGGUCCUGGCUUUCCAAGUCCCAGGGUGGUUUGUGAUAGAAUGAAGACACUAGGACAGUGUGUUCGGCCCCUUUCACUUAGUCCUCACCUUCCGGUCAUUUCAAGUACAUCCUGGGUGCUGUGUCUUCUUCCUCAUGCCCAGUAAUCCUGAGCUGCCAGUUUGGGUAUGUGAGCAAGGUCACGUUUGUUUGCACUGGGAAUGUAGCAAGUUGUGCAGCUGGGGGUCCAGAGUGUACUGGGGGCAGCCUGGCCCCUCUCGUGCCAGACUGUGCCAGCCUGAGGAGGUGAAAGGCCUGCCCUGCCCUCUGCUCUCCCUGUGUUACAGUCCUGCACGAACAGAGACCUUGGCCAUGGGGCUGCAACCGGCCCGCAGGCUGAGAGACCGCACAAGAUGCCCCUUGGGCACUGCCCACAGCCCUUGCCCUGCACUGCAUGGCAUCUGCUGCCACCAGCAGCAGCCUGGGCAGAGCAGUCACCCUGAGGGAUCCAGCAGCACCUGCCGCAGGGCGUCAUUACUGAGAGAGGCCUGGAGCAGGGCCCUGUGGGGUGGGGGCCUGGCUCUCAAGCCACACAGCCACAUGCUCGUCACUGCACACCUUCGGGAAAUGCAUUGCGAUCACAGCACCUUGGUUACCAGGAGCAUGGUUUGUGGUAAGUUUGUGGUUCCUCCUCUGUCAGCACCAGCUUUGGCAGCUACUCUGAGCUCUCCAUCAGGCACUGCACAAGCUGUGGUGCACUCCAUGGCCAUCCUUCUCUCUUGAGGAUCGUAGCACAGAACUUGCAUUCCUUUUCCCUUGCAUUCACCUGUGCUAUUGUUUUCCCCUGAGGACAGCCAGGCAGGAGCAGAUCUAACUGGGCAUCAGCCUCUAGACUGCAUCACCACACAGGCAGAGCAGCAGCCAUCCCCAUUUUCUGCUGAGUAACUGAGAGUUCCCCUUGCAUGAAGUCAGGUCAGAGUUCUGCAGAGGUGCAAAAGUCCUGCUUCUGCAAUGGGGACCGAGGGUGCGGGAUCCCCACUGUGCCUGGCCCCAGCCCUGAGACAGCAGGUGCUCUGCCUGCCACAGGGCCAGAGAUCUUUCCAAGGAGUGCUGGCAGCGCUGGGCAGAGCUACCACUCCCAAGGAGUGCAGGGACAGGUACAAGGCCACAAUGGAAAGCAUGAUUCGGGAACUGUGAGGUGUGGCAGGAUCCCAGGACAGACAGGCUGUGCCAGGCUCCUUGCUGGAUUAUCAGGUGCUGCGUUCCCACCACCCAGCCCUCAGCCACCUGUGCAACUGUCCCAGAUGUCCCAUAGAGGGACCCACCAGUCACCCUGCUGGGGCCAGUGGGGCUGUGUCCCAGACAACCUCUGUGUCUCUUCCCUGAGACACAGGUGGUUUUAGCAGCUGCAGGUAAAGGUGAAAAAGCUGAGGCUUGCCUGAGCUGGGAGACAUGGGAGGGUGACACAGUAGCUGUGUCUUGUGCCCCUACCUACAGUGUGGGCUCACUGAAAGAACAGUUUGAAACUGGUGAUGUUUUUGUUCGCAAUUAAUGUGGCUUUAUUAUUAAUGUGUUGGGCUCCUCUCUUGACAGCAGUUAGUUACAGAGUGUUUCACAUGGAAAAUGGGCAAAAGGACAGAACUUAAGGAACUAAAUUUGAAUAGAAGUAUGAUGCUGAAGAAAAGAAUCAGGGCUCUGUUCUUAAAACAUUUAGCAUAGAAGAAGCUAGGAGCACAAGUUGCCAUUUCAAUACAGUUAAGACAUUCACUUUUUUAAUUAUAGGUUUAAAAUAGUAUUUUUUACCUAUUACAUACAGGAAGAUUACGCGUUGUUGCCCACAUGCAGAAACAAGCAAAAGCAGAGUUUAACUGUUUCUCUCUACAGUGUUGUAUUGCCCCUGGCUCCAAGUAGGUCCUGCUGGCUCCUGUGGCCCGAGCAGGCUCAGGCUCUUUACAAAUUGGCAUCUUCAUAAGUUGUUUUCCCCAUAGUUUUUUAAGAUGGAAAGUGGGGCAGGUGGAAGAAGACAGGGAGCGAGAGAAGCUUAAGGCAGAACAGACUGCCACAAAAAACUGAAACUAAAAUGUGGAGCCUUGAGGGCAGGGAAUUGAACUGGCGUAGGAUAAAGCUGUCAAAGCAGCAGAGCUGCAGAAGGCAGGAAAGGAGCGCGGAGGGCAGUGUUCCUCCUGGAACCCACCGCUGGCCGCACUCCUGCUGGAGGACGCAGGCACCUCACAAAGCCUCACUAUUACUGCUGCUUAGAACCGCUUCAAGUUUAAAAUUGAGAAAACAUUCAGGUGUGGGUCUAUCUAAAAUUAGUGCAUUAGCUUUUACAUCUAGUCACAUAUAGGGAUCCUGGGAGCCAGUGAGGGCCACACUUGUGCCUCUGGUGCCUGGCACUCUGCAGCUGCCACCACGGUGGGUGAGCCAGGGUCUCCCCAAAGCACUGCAGGCAAAUCCCUCCAGCAUUCUGGGAGGGAACAGGGCAGGUUUUGUACUGCCUGCUACUGCCAGAACCAACAUUCAUGGAUGCUGACCCCAUUGGGGAACAUUUAUUCUACUGGCAGACACAGGGUAAUUCCACGGUUAAAAUCAACACAGCACAGGGCAGGGAUUUGCUAAAGCCCUGAGUAAGCUCACAUGCUCCUAACGAGGGCUGUAUCCAAAAGGACUGGCUGUGCCUUGGGGAGGCUGCUGGCCUCAGGCCUUGUCCUGCAGCUGCUGGGUUUUAGAUACAGCCUUGCAGAGUUGUUUUGGUUGCCAGCAAGUUCUCUGUGGUCUUUUUAUGUUGUUAUUUAAAUUGCAGCAUGUAAGUAUUUGUACUGAGAAACCUCUGAACUGACACUAAAAGCACAUGGUAUCAUGUUAACAUGUAUAAAUUAAAAUACUAAAUCGACAAAAAAUGCAUCUUAACAUAAAAAAAAAAAUAUAUAA